UGCUCGCUUGCUUUGUGGGCUCUUCUGCCGCGGCGCGCUCCUACCACGCUUCCGCCUCGUUCUUCUCAGCGACUCUCCUCCGGCGCGAUGAUGAACGGUUUCCGCGACAGCAGGAUCGAUGAGGGCACCUUCCUCUUCACCUCAGAGUCGGUGGGGGAGGGGCACCCAGAUAAGAUCUGUGACCAAAUUAGUGAUGCUGUCCUUGAUGCACAUCUUAAACAAGAUCCAGAUGCCAAAGUAGCAUGUGAAACUGCUGCAAAGACGGGAAUGAUCCUUCUGGCUGGGGAGAUCACAUCUAGAGCUGCGGUUGACUAUCAGAAAAUUGUUCGUGAAACAAUAAAGCACAUUGGCUAUGAUGAUUCCUCAAAAGGUUUUGACUACAAGACAUGCAAUGUAUUGGUUGCCCUGGAGCAGCAGUCCCCUGACAUUGCUCAGGGAGUUCAUCUUGACAGAAAGGAAGAAGACAUUGGUGCUGGGGAUCAGGGCUUGAUGUUUGGCUAUGCUACGGAUGAGACUGAAGAGUGCAUGCCUCUGACUCUUCUCCUUGCACACCAGCUGAACGCCAAACUGGCAGAGCUUCGUCGUAACCAUACCUUGCCCUGGCUACGACCAGAUUCUAAAACUCAGGUGACCGUGCAGUACAGACAAGACCGUGGUGCAGUCAUCCCUAUUAGAGUCCAUACAAUUGUUAUUUCUGUUCAACAUGAUGACAAAAUUGGGCUGGAUGAGAUGAGGGAUGCCCUGAAAGAGAAAGUGGUCAGAACUGUUGUACCUGCAAAAUACCUGGAUGAUGAUACUGUCUACCACCUGCAGCCUAGUGGCCGUUUUGUAAUUGGUGGCCCCCAGGGAGAUGCUGGCUUGACUGGCCGGAAGAUCAUUGUUGAUACCUAUGGUGGCUGGGGAGCUCAUGGAGGUGGUGCUUUCUCUGGUAAAGACUACACAAAAGUUGACCGUUCAGCAUCUUACGCUGCCCGCUGGGUUGCAAAGUCCCUUGUGAAGUCUGGUCUCUGUCGGAGAGUGCUUGUUCAGGUCUCCUAUGCCAUUGGAGUGGCCCACCCACUGUCAGUCUCCAUUUUUCAUUACGGCACCUCCCAAAAGACUGAGCACGAGCUGCUAGACAUUGUGAAGAAGAACUUUGAUCUCCGCCCAGGGGUUAUUGUCAGGUAAAACAUGGUGGUGCAUGCACAUAAUAUUCAGACAGAUAAAAAAGAGGUAAUAAGGAUGGGUCUAGGCAUAAACAAGGCAUUACCAUUUGGCAGUCUGCCCUAAAUGUACAAGAUGUUGCACAAUCUCCGACCAUAGAUGCUUGCCAAAACACCUAGUCUCCUGGGGAGUGGUGGUCACAAGUAGUGGAGACAGUUCCCCAGCACUGCUGUAGAAGAGCUUUGGGGUGGUUCAUUUUUCUAGAGAUAAGACAAAGUAGUGCUUGCUCUUUAAUAUGUAGUGGUUAAAGCAGAACGGUGUGCUAGUCUGUGCCUCUUUGUCACUGUAUAGUAAGGCAAAUUACAGUUUAUGAUGUGACAUACCAGGGGAAGCCACAGAAAAUGAAAAGUAUCUUAGAAGAGCACAUUUUGGGGCAAAGGUGGCUGAUAACAAAGGAGCUGGUUGCUGUCUGGCCAUGAUCCCAGCCAGUUUGGGGAGUUGGGAGUUGCACCAUUGGCAUACAUACCCAAGAUUGAAAAGCUAUUCUUUUUCAAUGCAGCAAGUAAUAGAUACAGUAAUAUUAAAUCCACCCUUGCAAAAUGGCACAGCCCUUGUGGCUCUUGCACUGAUUUGGAUACCCCAAAGUAUGGAUAGUGCAGGGAUAUGAGGAUUUCUGUGAGUUAUUACAGACUUACCUUGGGCACUUCAGUCAUGUGCUUUUGAGUAUUAAAGCUCAUUUUCCAGAGAUCUUCUGGGUAUUUUGGCCCAACCACUGACACUCAAGGCCAGCUACGUUGUACUGUCCUGGACUCAAAGUGUGAAGUUGUGGGUGCUUAGCUCUGCAAACAUGGGUGUUCUGAGUGGUGCUGCUGCCUACAUUGACUAACUGCUUCUAAAAGCUCCAAGCUGGAAGUAGGCAGGUUUGGUUGUAAUAUGAGCUGAUUAUUCAGAUAGGGAAUACCAUUCCCAGUGGAGAAACUUGUGGUGAUCUACAGUUGGAUGUAGCCACUCAUAAUGGAGGGUAAGUAUUCUGUAAUGUCAGUUGAGCCCAGGGGCUUAGUUUCCUUGGGAUGUAUUUGCAUUGGCACCCAGAAUUGGGAGCAAAUGGGUCCCAUCUACUUCUGUGUACAAAGUAGCCGUUGGUCCAUGUCUUGGUACUACAUAUAGCAUUGAACAUCAAGUGGCCCCUUCAGUGUAGCUGGUUUUUGCUUUGCUUGAUAAAUGCCUUGUAUUGAGUUACGGACUUGUAUAUUCCAGGGAUCUGGAUCUGAAGAGGCCUAUUUAUCAGAAGACUGCAGCCUAUGGGCACUUUGGUAGGGACAACUUCCCAUGGGAAGUUCCCAAAAAGCUUAAAUACUGAACAUGUUGGGCUUCUUUCCCCAGACCUGUUGGUGUACAUUACAGAGAAACCUCCAGGCUUUUCUGUGGGAAAGAGCCCCAUUCCCUAAACUGGUCCUGUCCUCUGCUCUUAAUUUGGCACAUUCUGUCCAUUGCCAUGAAUACUAGUCCUCCGGGGACCGCAAUUGCACUGUGCUUUCUCCUCUUCCUGGUGUGCUUGACGUAUGUGUAGAGCCAGUUGAGCAUAGGCGCUAUAUGUAAAACAGAAGAACAGGCUGUAGUCAAAACAGUGCUUCAGUCUAAUCCUUUGUCUUGCCCAAAGGCUAACGAGAAUUUCCUUUCAACAAUGAGCAAGAUGUCCCCC